UCAUUAAUGCACACUGCAGCAGGAUACAUAGCAUAGAGCAGCUAAUAUAUUCCGAGAGAGUUAAUUAGAGUGAGUAAGCCACAGGAUCUGAGUACAUCUUUCUUUUUAGCAUGUCAAGAUCCAGUCCUUUCCGUGUUGCUUCCAAAAUCCUAACUACGGGAUGCCUGUGUAUGCCACUAUUCCAGCGAGUGCUCUCGGAUCUAUCCUGUGAAGAAAAUGAAAUGUGUGUAAAUUAUGAUGAGCGAUAUCCUGACGGCCGGUAUUUCUGGUUCUUCCUGCUGAUUUUCUUAGUGGUUCUCCUUUGUGGAGUCGUGCUUUUCUGUCUGCAGUGCUGGCUGAAAAGGUGCAGAAUCGAUCCUCCCAGGCGGACCAUGGCUGUUUUUGCUGUUGGAGACUUGGACCCCGUUUAUGGUGCAGAAACGACUGGAAGUCCAACAUCUGGAAUCUGCCAUCCUACUCAAAACACUGAACUGUGCCCUGCUUCCUGUUUUGGUGCAUUGGGUCCUCCACCGCCAUAUGAAGAAAUUCUAAAAGCAAACUGAUUUUAUCCAGAUGCAGUAGCUAUAUUUGUAUAUACAGUGAUUUUUAGGCACAACUCUUUGGCUUAGUUGAAUUUCCUGGAUACCUACUGUAGAGUCUGGAACACUUGCAAGCAGACAAAAGAGUGAAGUGGAUGGCAGGAAGAAAUACUGGCCCUCGUGGUGUUUUAGUGAGUGAGCAGUCCCUGGGGCAUUGCUUUGUUAUACUUUUAGACUAGAUAACAUUGGCAUUUUAGUUCUUAAGGAGGCAGAAAUAGGUGUGGCUCCCACUGUCUUCCACAUCAUAUUAUUUGAUGCCCUGACAUCUCCAUCCUCAUCCAGCCUCUACUAGAGAGUCAGUGUAAAAUAAAUAAUUUAACAGUGGCUCACACAUAGAUUUGGGUGUGGCUAGAGGGAGAAUAUUUGAGUUGAAUUUGAAAUGAAAGAAGAGGAAGAAAAUCCUAUUUGAAAUUGAUAGAGGAAAAUAAAUGAAAAGGAAGAGGAGAGAUCACAAGAGUCAAUACAAGAAGUUUCAUUCCCCACUGAAGCAGAGAGAAAGUGCACCUGGAAGCAGAAGAUUGCCAAAGAUAUAAACUGUAGGUAAUGAUGCUGUGCGGAGGAGAGUGGGCGAAGCAUCUCAUUGUCCUUGCAGAAUGUGAUCUCUAGAGCCCAGUCUUUCCCAGGUCCCUCAGGAUUUGCAUUUAUUGCAACAACAUAAGAAGAAAUUCUGUUUUAGAUGCUGCUUGACCAAGGCAAGUCUUAUAAAGGACAACAUUUAAUUGGGGCUGGGUUACAGUUCAGAGGUUCAGUCCGUUAUCAUGAAGGCAGGAACGUAGACACACCCAGGCAGGCAUGAUGCAGGAGCUAAGACUUCUACAUCUUCAUCUGAAGGCUACUUUCAGAAUUGGCUUCCAGGCAGCUAGGAAGCCCACACCCACAGUGACACACCUAAUCCAACAAGACCACACCUACUCCAAUAGGACCAGUCCUUCUAUUAGUGCCACUCCUUGGGCUGAGCAUAGAUUAAACCAUAACAGAUGCCUUUUUCAGCUUGAAGACUCUGACAGAAGUAGCAAUGAGAGAUUUCCAAGUAUCCCUUGGCAGUGGCAGAGUCAGGGAAAAGAAGAAAAAUUCCAUGCCAGAUUUCACACGAGGUAGUGAAUUUGCUUCAUAAAAUCAUUGACAUAUUCACUUGAUUGUCAAAUUAAUUUAACUAAAAUCUAACUAGUCUUUUCUCAAUUACUUCCUACAGCCCAGUCAAGGACUUGUGCCUUCUGUUCGUAUUACUUUGUAUAAAUAUGUUGUCUGAAAAGGUUUUUAGUUCCUACUUUCAGAAUUUCCAGACUCUGAAGGUUUCCUAUUAGCACAAUUCUAGUAUAGCACACUACUGUCAGUCUUCACUAGAGUCCAGUGAUAGAUCUAAACUGGUGUACUAGGCCUGUGUUAGUUCUCAAGUAUCCUAUUGAUAAUAUUGACAAUUCAAAGAUUUAGAAACACAUUCCAUAUUCCCACACAUGUACAGGAUCUCAUAGUAUAACCCACUUCAUCUGAGGCUAUAAUCUUCGUCUGAUGAGCCUAAGGGAUACAUCAUCACCCCUCAAUGCUCUGUUGUACAUUCUGUGGGUUUGAUGGAUUUGUUCUGGCAUCAAGCACUAUGAUCAGGAGACCUUACAGACUCACUGCCAUGAGAAUCUUCGUUCUCUUUACCCAGGUUUCUUCCUCGAUUCUAGUUCUUGGCCACCAGUGAUCUGUUUAAUGUGUCCUGUUUUGCUUUUUCAACGGAGCAUUCAUUUGAACUCAUACAGUUGUUGGCUCUUAAGCUU